CUUCCCUUGCCCAGCAGGUGAGUGGCGGCCCCAUCGAAGACACAAAUCAGGCUAGACCCUGAGCGAUGGCGGGGGUUACUGUAGAAGAUUGGCAGUCAAACAAGAGUACACUGGCCUGUAACCGAUACAUGUUGACAAAUCAGAUUGCUUGUGAUGUACACUUCCUUGUCGGAGAGGAUCGUGUACGCAUUCCUGUUCACAAGUAUGUCCUGAUCAGUAGGAGCUGUGUGUUCUACUCUAUGUUCUGUGGACCACUUGCUGAGACAAGCUCUGAUAUUGCUCUGCCUGAUAUAGAACCAGAGAUAUUCAGAGCUCUUUUAAUGUUUCUGUACUGUGAGGAAUUAGACAUACAGCCAUAUAUGGUCUUACCUCUGUUGUAUGCAGCCAAGAAAUACUCCAUCCAAUCCCUAGUUAGAAAAUGUAUACAAUAUCUAGAGCUAGAUCAGUCAUCAGAGAAUAUAUGUGCCAUCCUGGAGCAGGCUCACAUGUACGACGAGAAGGACCUGGAAAGGAAGUGUAUGGACUACAUUUGUAGUCAUGCCAAGGAUGUCAUACAGUCAGAGGACUUCCUGGAACUCAGUCCCACCUCUCUGAUGUGUAUCCUCAUAUCUGACGAGAUACAGGUAGAUGAAAAGACUGUUCUUAAUUGUGCUGAGAAGUGGGCAACUAGGGAAUGUGAGAGAAAGGACUGGGAGGUGUCCCCAGCCAACAUAAGAAAGGCCCUGGGACCCCUCCUGUACCAGAUCAGAUUUCCUCUGUUAGGAGAGAAAUACUUCACCGACAUAGUCGCUGACAUGGAAAUCUUAAACGAUACAGAAAAAGUGGAAUUGUUCAAAUUCUUUUAUAAGACUGGAUCAAAGGUUGAAACUUUUCUCACACGUAACAGAUUUGUAAAUAACACUUCUUCAGGCAGUGAUUCGUUCCAUAGUGACUCGGACACACGUCCGAUACAGACCUGUAUGAGGUAUCGGACGGUGUACGAGGAUGGGUCUUGGUAUUGUGGUGGGGAGCCUGACGCUGUCGCUUUCACAUGUAACAGAACAAUACAGUUAAACGGUGUACUGGUUUAUGGAUCUUAUAUUGGUGAAGGUGUGUACGAUGUCACCUGUUCAGUGUAUGACAAUACUGAGAAGGAGAUUGUGUCACGUCGAACUUCACUAAAGACGAGUGAAAGUCAACACACAUAUCCCGUCCUGUUGGAGGUCCCCAUUGAAAUACCCAAGGGCAAAAAACAUAUUCUGGUUGUUAAACUCAUCAGUUCCGAGGGACUUGACACUUACCAGGGAAAGAAUGGCAUGUCGUCGGUGUCUGUGGGUUCUGUACAAUUCAGCUUCAUUAAGUCGAAAUACAGCAGGAAUGGAACGGAUGUAAAGAUUGGACAAAUUCCUGGCCUCUUGUUCACAUGUAACGAGGAAGAUGUUGAAGAAUUUUGAGAAGCAAAGCAUUUCCUAGAGCUGCAGCAUGUACACAACACUAAAAUAAUGCUGCUGUCUAUUCCGAUUGAUGUGUGUUCAUUAUCUACAAACUGGCUUUCAUUGUGGCUGAUCAUGAAUAAUUUCAGCUUUAGAUUUCACAUUCAUAUUCUUUUCUGAUUGAUGUUUGUUUAUGAUCUACAACAGGGCUCAUCAAUAAGAGUAGCCCGAUUGUCAGACCAGUAAAACCUCCAGCAGAGAUCAAGUGGUCCAAAAAACUGCAAGCCCAAUUGACCUGUCAAAAUUUAUUGUUACUUAACAUGAUGAGUACCAGUAAUAUUGGGUUAGUUGAAUUUGAGCAAGGAGUAGUAAAAUAGGAAUAUACUAGCCCAACUGAAUGGGUUUUUUUAAAAAUUAAUUUCCUAUCGCUACAACCUUGUUUUCAUUGUGGCUGAUCAUGGGUAAUUUCAGUUUUAGAUUUCUCAUCCGUUUGAUAUUUAGUGAAGUAAACACAAGUCAUGAUUCUUUAGGCUUUCAUUAUAUAUAAUCUUCCCCUGGAAAUUUAUUAAUCAAAAGUAUUAAUUUUAUUUUAUAACAACUUGUUAAUUAUCGGUAUGUUUCUUUUUCAUGACUUGAAUAUAAUUAAUGGAAUCAUAUUUCUGCUUUUAGCAUAAAAUUUUGAUUCUACAUAAUCAAAUAUUUUUCUAAACUUUCUAAGUGACUAGCUAGAGAACCCAUUAGAUAGCUAUCUGUUAUUCAAAUGUUGUCUUUAUGGAAAAGUAUUGAAAUAUUUGAUGUAUAGGCUUAAAAUUAAAUGACUCUGGAUUCCUGUUAAUAACAGCUUAUAUUAAUGAAAGCCCAAUAGAAUGUACAUUAUUAAUGAUUUUUGGUUGGUUUUAGUUUUUAAGUAUUGAAGAACAUUUGAUAUCUUGUCAAUUUACCAAUACAUGUACUACAUGAACCUUGGUACAUAACGCCAUCAACAUAGAGGGUACAUGUGUUUUAGCUGGUUCUGGUUGGCCAAAAUCAUUUUUGAUUACGAUGGCAAAUGAAAAAAAAUAAAUACCACUAAAUGACAGAUGUCUCGUUGAAUUGAAUCUGAAGCCAACUUUCAGAAUUAAUUGGUAAGUGUUUACCUAUAUCAAAUGUAAAGUCAUUUCAGAUACACAAUAGCAGAUCUUUCGUGCUUCCUCUAGUAAAGUUCAAAUUGUCAAUGCAGAAAAAUAUAAUUUAAUAGCUGAGGCAGUGGAAACAUGAGUGUUGACAUGUUUUUUUUAGUCACUUAUAACCAUUGGUUGGUUCCCUCAUCCCUUGCUUGGAUACCACCUGGCAUGGUAUGAAGUACAAUUGUGAUUGUGAGAAAUAGGGAAAUAUUAAGUAUUUAAAAAUCCAUCGAAAUAAGCUCAGGAUGAGUUGGGUUUUAUUUAUUGUCUCGCCGCUACAAAGUAACUGAAGCAAGACUAAGGUGUUGCUUUUCUGGCGACUGCUUCAACAUUAAGUUUUUGCAUUUAAGUUAGUUUCACUAAAAGUAUAUAUAUGUGCUAGACUAAUCAAAUUUGAACCAUGCAUGCUCAUAGGUAGUACAUCUCAACCCAUGCAUCAAAUGCUGGAUGCGGCCUACCUUUUAUGGUCCAUUGACUUUGUCAGCAUGCCUAUCAACAUGAAUUUUUGCCUUUAUGUUAGUUUCAGAGCAACCAAACUUGACAUGUGCAUUAAUGGUCAAAGCGCGAUACAGGCGAAACAUACAUUUGGAAGAUAAAAAAAAGAACUCAUCUCGAACCCGUUGCAAUUGACUUUUUUUGCUAAAAAUAUUUCUAUUUGUAUUGACUAUAGAAAUAUAGUUACUUUUAUUUACCUUGAACAAAAUUUGAAAGUAUAUAUAUAUAUGAUGUUAACUAUAAAAUCUUCUGAUAUUUGUUGAAACUGAUGUUAAAAUAUAUACAUGAUUAUUGAAAUUUACCUCUUGUCAAAAUAUAAUGAAUUAAUUUAAUUGAGUCUGCUUAAAUUUCUAUUGGCAUUUUAUUGUACAAGUUAGUUCUGAUUUAUUUAUUCAUAUGACUCGCCUAUGUACCUAUAGUGACAGUCCGACAGCAUUGAUUAUCAUUAAUGAACUUGUAUGUAACCGGUGUAGCGGUAGUGUUGUAAUGUUUAUAGUGCAGAUAUAUACAAAUUUGGUGUCACAUAUGUACAUAUGUCUUCACCUUGCAUAGAACAUAUGUUACCUGUAUAAAUUAGUUAACAGGAAAAUGUAUAUGUAAUUUGAAAAGUACAAUAUAAUGAAUUGCCUAUCAGCAAAAUUUAUAAUUAUUCAAAACAGUAUACAAUUACACUUGAACAAUAAAAUUAAAUAAAAGAGUUCAUGGAGUAGUUUUUUAAAGGAGGUAAAUUGUAAGAAACACAAAGAACUAUCUCCAAAAUGUAUGAUUAACGCUGGCGAAAGAGAAUACAUGUAUAUCAGUUGAUGUACUUGAAUAAAGAAAUUAUCUAAAUCUAUAAUGUAUCAUUGAACUUUGGAAAGAAAAUGUUUAGAAAUAUCUGAACAAAUUUUGGAAAAAAAAUAUUAUAUUUAAGAUAUAUAUGUAAACAUUUUGUAUAUUCUAACAAACAUCAAAUAGAAUAUUGUGUACUUCAAGCAAUGUUAAAAGUAUAAUAUAUAUAUAUGCAUUUAUUACUAAUACUGCAUACAACGUUUAGAAUGGUUGUUUUCAUGUAAUGAAAUAUUUGUCCAUUUUGAAAAAAGAAGUAUUACAUUGCUCAUUUUUAGCCCACCAUCAGAUGAUGG